AUGAAUUGGGUCAAUUUAAUUGAUAAUGAUGGUUGGAUUGCUAGAGAACAAAUAUUAGGUGAAGAAGCACGUAGUAAGGUACCACCAGAAUUUCAAAUACAAUAUCCAUAUUAUGCAAAUCCUCCUACACUAUACAUGUCAAUAAUAUCUUUUAUUGACAGAUUAGAAAAUUUUGAAAAUCAAACUUAUUUAAAUGUUCAAGAAAUUCUUUUACAACAACAAGAUAUUAUAUUAGAUAACUUAUCCGCCACUACAAAUCCAGAAUUAUUACGAAUACAACAUUUAAUCAAUCCAGAGUUGGGUGAUAAAUAUUUAAAACAGAUUUAUGAAAAAUUAAAAUUGAAUUAUGAAUGGUUUAGAAGAACUCAACGGGGUGAAAUUAAAGAAUGGGGUCGUAAAGCUAGUAAUAAUAGAGAGGCUUAUAGAUGGAGAGGUAGAACACCUGGUCAUACAUUAACCUCUGGACUUGAUGAUUAUCCAAGGCCAAGCCCACCACAUCCAUCAGAAUUACAUGUAGAUUUGAUGUGCUGGGUAGGACUUAUGUCAAGAACUUUAUCAAUAAUUUCUAAAAGAUUAAAUGAGGAAGAUGAUUUUGAAGAUUUUACUAACGAUUUUAAAAAAAUUUCACAAAAUUUACAUGAUCUGCAUUGGAGUGAAAACGAUAAAGUUUUUUGUGAUCUUUCUAUUGAUGAAGACGGAUAUUUGUCUUUAUUUCCUUUAUUUCUUGAAUUUAUACCAAACGAUUCGCCAAAACUUGAAUCUUUAUUGGACUUAAUUUACGAUCCAAAUGAAUUAUGGUCACCAUCUUUAUCAAAAUCCGAUGAAUUUUUUGGCACAAAUGAAAAUUAUUGGAGAGGUCCAGUUUGGAUAAACAUUAAUUAUUUAAUAUUAUCUUCUCUUUAUAAGAAUUAUGCAAAGAAUCCUGGACCUUAUCAAACUAAAGCUCAAACUAUAUAUAAAGAAUUAAGAAAUAAUAUUAUCAAUAAUGUAUUUAAAGAAUUUGAGAGAACUGGAUAUGUAUGGGAACAAUAUUCUUCUAUUGAUGGUAAAGGAUCAAGAAGUCAUCCUUUUACAGGCUGGACAGCAUUAGUUACUUUAAUUAUGGCAGAAAAAUAUUAA